AUGUCGGCGACGCUAAUGACCGUAUUCACGACGACGAUUCCAGGAGAGAUGCGACUCGCCUUUGACUUUAUCUGGGUCAUGUCGUGGUUCGGUUUUGUCUGCAUGAUUGGGAAAAACCUGAGCUUCAACAUGAAGGUGCUGCGCCAACAAGUGGAGGCCGUGGCCACGUCGUUUACCAACGUGGAGGUCACACCCGCGCACCGAAAGCUGCAGCUCUUUCUAAGCCUUGAAUCGUGUCUCUGCUACUACCCGCUGAUUGUAGCAGUCGUCUGUAUUGGGCUCAGCCAACUCCCGCUGAUGCUGACGAACCUCGCGCCGGUCGCCUUGGAGGUGUUGUUUCUCGGGUUCUGGGGGCGCCUCGGGUUCAUCUUGCGCUGCCGACGUGCCACGACCGCAAUCUUUGCUUCGUUGCCCCCGUCGUCGACCAUCGCGGUUGCCCCCGCCCCAGCUCCCGGUGCAACGAAAACCAAAAACGCAAUUGUCAUUCGAGGACCCAGAAACACUGCGAGUCUCGGCACCUCCAUCCGCCCGAUUGGCAACUCCAACUGA